UGGCACAGGGGCAGAACCCACGGCUGCCCCGGGGCUGCUGCACUGGGCAGACCCCACUGAAGGGGCUGAGGACGCAGAGCUGAGCACAGAGCCCGGAGAUGGCGAGAAAGGCUCCCCCCAGGAGACGUCGUGGGUCUGCCAGACGCUGCUUGGGCUGUGAGGAUGAGGUGGCGGAGGUGACUGUGGAGCUGAGAAGCAGCUGUGCAGAUGCUCCCCUCACUGCAGCUCUGGUGAACCUUCAUCUGGAAAGGGUCAAAGAAAUUGCAAGGAUGUUCCUGAGGCAGAUUUGUCAACUGGCAGACGACCUUGUCUUCCUGGGGAGAAACCGUCUGAGCCCAUACAUCCUCAAGGCGCAAAAGAUGGUCCGGCAGAAGAAGAGCUUUAAAGUCUAUGCCUUGUUGCUCUCAGUGUAUCUUGUUGGAGUUUUCUGUGGGACCUCCCUGCCAGCGUGGACACUGCUGACAAAGGGAGUGAUGCAGUGUGACCCAAAGAAGCAGCAGACUGUGCUGUGUCUUCCUAGGGAAGUCUUCCUGGGAAGCCUGGUGGCUCUGGCAGUGGAUGUUCUAAUGGACAGUUUUCCCUUGCAGGGGCUGACAAGUGUAUUUCCAACAGGCUUGAAAACCUUCUGGAAUUCAGACACGUUGACUGAAACCCAAAGGUUGCAUCUUCUGCUGGAGGAGCUUUCCCAAGAAUUGACCAAGAUGACUUUGGAAUCCUAUGUCAAGACUGACUGGGCCCUGAAGAGCUCUGGAGCCACCAUUGACACUCAGAGAACUUCCCAGACCUACGACUGCAGAGAGAGUUGGCUCUGCAGGAUUUUAUACUUCUUCUGGACUGCCAACCCUCCUGAUACUAUUCUGCAGCCAAAUGUUUCCCCAGGAAGCUGCUGGGCUUUCAGUGGGCAUCAGGGCCAGGUGGUCAUCAAGUUGCCAGCACGAGUCCACCCUACUGCCAUCACAGUGCAGCACAUCACCAAAGACGUCUCUCCGAGCGGGACCGUCAUCAGUGCCCCCAAAGACAUCGCUGCCUUUGGAGUGGAUGCAGCCGGAGAAGAGGAAUCUCUCCUGGGGACAUUCACCUACAACGUGGAAAAAGAGCCCAUGCAGACUUUCCCUCUGAAGGAUGUGCUGCCUCCCAGAGCCUUUUCCUAUGUCAAAAUUCUCGUGAAGAGCAACUGGGGAAACCCGUGGUACACCUGCAUUUACCGAGUGCAGGUUCAUGGAAGGAGGGAAACCCAGAAAGCCUCAGCCAAGAUCCAAGAUGAAUAAGGAAGAAAAUGCAAAAGAAGAAAGGGCAGGGGGUGUGAG